AUGGCUCUCGCGAGAACUGCCGCUCGCUGCCGCCACGCAGUUCUCGCGCGAUCGGGGAGGUGGGAAGUAUCCCGGUCUGGGGGUGGGGGUGCGCCGCACAGCCCUUGUCGCUGUCGCGGCUUCCGGUGCCAGGAUCAAGUCCUCCAUACCAGGCACCAAGUCAAAACCAGACUGCCACUGCCCCUACUUGGGCCCUCCUAUCUUGAGAAAGCUGUGAUCAUGGGUAAUAUCUUUGGAAACCUUCUCAAGAGCCUGAUUGGAAAGAAGGAGAUGCGCAUCCUGAUGGUGGGCCUGGAUGCUGCAGGAAAGACCACAAUCCUAUACAAGCUGAAACUGGGGGAGAUCGUCACAACCAUCCCCACCAUUGGGUUCAAUGUGGAGACGGUGGAGUACAAGAAUAUCAGCUUCACAGUUUGGGAUGUGGGUGGCCAGGACAAGAUUCGGCCUCUUUGGAGACACUACUUCCAGAAUACCCAAGGGUUGAUAUUUGUGGUCGACAGCAAUGAUCGGGAGCGAGUAAAUGAAGCCCGGGAGGAGCUGAUGAGAAUGCUGGCAGAGGAUGAGCUUCGGGAUGCUGUGCUCCUUGUCUUUGCAAAUAAACAGGAUUUGCCUAAUGCUAUGAAUGCUGCUGAGAUCACAGACAAGUUGGGCCUGCAUUCCCUGCGUCAUCGCAACUGGUAUAUUCAGGCCACCUGUGCCACCAGUGGGGACGGGCUGUACGAAGGCCUGGACUGGCUGGCCAAUCAGCUCAAAAACAAGAAGUGA